AUCAUGCCGAAGACUUCACCUGACCAACUCACACACUCCUAUACAAUAGGUGGCGAUAUACAAUUAAAUAUUGUGAAACGCCAUUAAUCAGAAGAAGAAGAAGAAGAACUACUAGAAGUGGAAGAAGAAGAGGCGGAAGAAGAAGAAGAAAUAAAAUAAAAAUAAACGUGAAAUGUUACUGGCUAAAUUUAAGUAGGUCGUACAGCAGAACAUAAGCUAGGGAUCAAAGGUCUAGUAUGUAUAUGCUGUGAGUGAUUGGUAUACCAAGAUGCUUCUGUGGAUGGGUCAUGGAGAAAGCGAUAAAAUCAACAGGUUGCAAAGGGAAUGCGUCCCCACUAAAUUAUUUAAGAACUAUACAGAACAGCAAAGAGUGCAGAGCUGUGGGCUUUGUGUUGGUGCAUGCAGGGGCAGGGUAUCAUUCUGAAUCCAAAGCAAAGGAGUAUAAACAUGCGUGCAAAAGAGCCUGUCAGAAAGCCAUGGAGAAGUUGAGAGAUGGCGCCACAGCAGUGGAGGCAGUGACUGCAGCUCUUGUAGAGCUAGAGGAUUCACCAUUCACCAAUGCUGGUACAGGCUCCAAUUUGAACCUGGUUGGGGAUAUUGAAUGUGAUGCCAGCAUCAUGGAGGGAAAAUCAUUAGAUUAUGGAGCAGUUGGUGCUUUAAGCGGAAUCAAGAAUCCAGUAAUGGUUGCAAGAACACUCCUGAAUGAAGCACAGAAAGGGAAGCUUUCAGCUGGAAGAGUUCCUCCUUGUUUUUUAGCUGGAAUUGGAGCACAGCAAUGGGCUAUCAGUCAUGGCAUACCUCCAUGUCCUUCGGAGAAGAUGGCCACCAAAUUUAGUUUGUCAGCCUACAAAAGGAAUAAACGAAAGAUGGAGAUGGCAGAGAAGAUGGAACCAGAGCAUAACUCUUUUAAGAGACGGCGACAAUCAAGUGGAACUCAGGUGAAUGAAAUGGUGGAUUUAGAGGAGCCUGCCUCUCUGGACACAGUUGGUGCUGUUGUUGUGGAUCAGCAAGGGAAUGUUGCAGCCGCUGUCUCUAGUGGAGGUUUAGCUAUGAAACACCCAGGGCGAGUAGGCCAGGCUGCUCAGUAUGGGUGUGGCUGUUGGGCUGAAAAUGCUCAUGAUGCUCGACCUUAUUCUACAGCUGUGAGUACCUCAGGAUGUGGAGAGCAUCUGAUGCGCACCAUGUUAGCUAGAGAGUGCUCCACAGCUAUGCAGGCUGACAACGCUCAUCAGGCUCUCCUGGAAGCUAUGCAAAACAAGUUUAUUGGCUCACCAUUCCUGGCCAGUGAAGAUGGUGUUCUGGGUGGCAUAAUUGUUUUGAGAUGCUGUAGAUGUGGAGAGGACCACAGCUCUGGCAAUUUGCAAGCCUUACUGGUGGAGUUUCUGUGGACUCAUACUACAGAGAGUAUGUGUGUGGGGUACAUGUCUGCAAGUGACAGGAAAGCUAGGGCUCAUAUAUCCAGACUGCCUCCUGGGGCUGUGGCAGGACAGUCACUGGCAAUUGAAGGUGGAGUGUGUCGACUAGGGGUGUGAGUGAUUGAACAGACCUCAAGAUGGCCUCCUUCACUUGCAUCAACACCUCUUUCGGCCACAUAUUGAGUUCCCAUGAACAGCUGCCAAAUGCAAAUUCAGCACUUGGAAUCAACCUUUUUGUCUCCUAAUUUGUCAUGAAAGAAUGAAGAAACAGGCCAUAACUGUCCAUGAAACUACUUAUCGUUCAAUUGUUGAAUUACUUUUGAGCUGGUCAAGCCAGUUUAUUUAUAUAGCACUUUUAAACAACAGACAUUGUCGCAAAGCAGCUUUACAGAAAAUUAAAGACUUUUUAAACGUUUGAGCUAAUUUUAUCCCUAAUAAAUUUAUUUAUCCCUGAUCAGCAAGCCUGUGAUGACAAUGGUGGCAAGGAAAACCUCCCUCAGAUGGCAUGAAGAAACCUUGAGAAGAACCAGACUCAAAAGGGAACCCAUUCACAUCUGGGUGAUAAGAGAUAGCAUGGUUAUAAAUAACUUGCUUCUAUAACUGUGUCCUAUAUAGUCACAAAGUACAAUUGUAGAACCAGAAAAAUCCUUAAAGUUUUAACAUGAAGUUGAUUUUGUUGAAGUUAUCAACUGUUCAUUAAUGGAGACUUGAGUGCAAGACUGUUCAUGACAACUACAGUCCUAAAGUUAUCAUGGCAGCUGUGGUCCUCAGCCAUCAUAGCAAAACUGUGUCAAGAGCCAUCUUCUAAGUGUGUCUUUUGACUGUCCAUAUGGGGCCAUCCUCCAUAGGAGUGAUGUUAUGAGACUCCAGCCAGACAUAGGGCAUUAGGAUGGAUCAGGCAGGUCUGAAGAGCAGAAGAGGCCAGCAUCUCUGGUGUCUCAAGAUCGACAUAACAGAGAGAGACAGACAGAGGGAGAGAGGGAAAAUACAGGUUGUUUGGUAUGCCCGGUGUCACCUAAUGGAUAAGAACAGUGUACAUUUUGCUCUGAAUUCAAGCAGGGAUGCCGGCAAGAAUAAGACAGCAUAAUUAAAAGGGAGAGCACGAAGGGAACACAAACAUGAGGGAGCCCUGGCACAUAAAGCAGCCAGCCUGUGAAAAGGUGCUAUGUAGAAAUGGCAAAUGACUAUAAUUCCUCAAUGGUUAAUGUGAUAUUUUUGACAGCUGCCUUGAAUUAAAGAUUAUAUACUAUAUAAAAACAGUUAUUCCACGAAAUUGAGUUGUAUAUGCGCUGAUGGCCGACAAGGCGCAGAGUGGUGAGUUGGCUAUUAGCCAUGUAUGACUAGAUUGAGUGGAAUAACUUUCAUUCUAUCCACAUUCACUGGAUUUUGAGAAACAGAGCAUUUUUAUUUUUUAUUUUUACAAAUUUGAUAAAUAAAAACUUUAUACAAAGCAUCCGACAAAAUCAUUUCCAUCUCGAAUGUAAA